UACUGGCUUUUAAUUACAGUCAUUUCUAUGGUGAUAAUGCUAAAAUUUCAUAUUUGCAGUUAGGAAUCUGUUAUGUCCAGCAUAAAGAUUGUAGAAGGACAACCCUUAAUAGAAAAGUGUAUCUAUUAUUUUCUGAGAGAGGGGUCAAUUCAUAUCUUUCUACCAAGGUAGCUGUGGUUUUCCCUUUAAAUUCUUUAGCUUUUCCUUUUCAAGUUUCUCUGAGGUUAUUGGUAAUUGCUUGUAAGGGUGGUUUUUCUUUUGGGUGGGAGAUAUGCAAUUGUAAAGCUUGAGGAGGUGGUUCCAGCACUGAUGGCUCUAUGGUACAGGCAUGGCUGGACAGAGCUCAGAGCAGAGCUCUCCACACAGGGACAUAGCUCAGGUCUCUUUGAUAUGUUCCUCCUUAGUACUUCCCUGUGGGGAUGGUGGUAGUCCAGAUAAGACUGAGUCAUCAGGGUCACCCACAAUGGUGGGAUUUAGAUUUGUGUGUUUUUACAGAACCUGACCGAGUGCUUGCCGAGUGUAACUCCAACACCCUCUCCGGUCUUCUCUGAGGUGCAUUUACCUCCAGCAGUGCCUUCUGUACCAGCCAUUGUGCCAGCUUGGCCAAGUGAGCCAGCAACAUAUGGACCAGCAGGUAUUCCAACCCAAAUACCUGCUUCUUCACUGAUGCCAGGACCAGCAACGGGACCUGACUCUAUUGUAUCCCAGGCUCAGGUAACAUCUGCUUCAGUUGCUGGAGUUCCUGUGUGGCUACAAGCAGUUAACCAGCCUUUAAUGCCUUUGCCUCAGACUCUGAAUCCCUACCAGGAUCCACUAUACCCUGGAUUCCCUUUUAAUGAAAAGGGAGAAAGAGCCGUUGCACCUCCUUACUCCCUGUGCAGUACUGGGGAAGACUUACCUAAAGAUAAGAAUAUUCUUAGGUUUUUCUUCAAUCUUGGUGUGAAGGCAUACAGUUGUCCCAUGUGGGCACCCCAUUCUUACCUGUACCCACUGCACCAGGCCUAUUUAGCUGCUUGUAGGAUGUACCCAAACGUGUCCCUUCCUGUGUAUCCACACAACCCCUGGUUCCAGGAGGCUGCUCCCACUCAGAAUGAAAAUGAAACUGCACGACCAAACAGGCACUUCGCUGUCCAGACUGAGGCCAGGUCCAAUGGUCAGAUUCCACAGGUUGACAGAUCUCCAUCACUGCCUCUGAUCAUACCUUCAGCUCAGGUGACAGAAAAUCAAGGACAGGUCUGUGUCGAACCGGAGAAUCCAGCGCAAGCUCUUCAUGCGAACUACGAGGAGUCCCUGAGAGGGAAAAAUAUGUUCCCGCAGCCGCCCUUUGGACACAAUCACUUUCUAGGAGCUGUUCCGAUAGCACCUCCUUUCUUUCCUCACUUCUGGUAUGGGUACCCAGUUCAGGGUUUCAUUGAGAAUUCAGUAGCGAGACCUAAUGUUGUCUUGUCACCUGAGGACAAAGAGGCAGCAGCUGGCACCUCUGCCAGCAUGUACGUGGGCAAAGAAUGCAGCCCUCCAGUUCCUGGAGUGAACUGUGCAGAGCAGCUCCAGAAGACCGACAGUGGCAGCGGCUCCAACACCGUCCCAUUCCCAGUGGCUGCUGCAGGGACCCCAAAAGACACUUCAGCCAGGGCACCUCAGCUGGAGCAAACCUGUCCUUCAGCUGCUCCUAAGCAGAAAGGAGCUGGGCAGCAGCAUCGCCCUCCACAGACACAGGGCCCAGAGAGGCCGAUGGCAGGGCCCAGCAUGCAGCCACUGCUAGCAGAACCUCCCAAAAAUGAACUGAAACCCAGCACUCCCGGCCGGAAGGAGAAGCCUGCUAAAGGGAGAGAAUCAAAGGGCACUGGGAACGUGCAGACGGAAAGCAGGGCCCAGAGAACGAGGGAAGAGAGCUCUGAAGAUGACACUGAGGUUUCUGACAUGCUGAGGAGUGGCAGAUCCAAGCAGUUCUAUAACCAGACUUACGGAGGAGGCAGAAGGCCCAGACCUGACAGGGGUUAUUCCAGCAGAGGAGGAUACCAGUUCCAAAGAAACGAGGAGGCCUGGAAAGGACCACCCAGCAGAAGCAGAGAUGAUGGCUACCAGUAUCAGAGAAACUUCAGAGGGCAGCCGUAUAGGAAUGACAGGAGAAGGGCAACACUGGGAGAUAAUCAGAGGGGACAGCAAGCAUAAAAUGAGUGGAUAAUUGGAAAAUUUAAGAAGCAAAAAGUAAUUUGAAGUAGCAGUUUAAGAUCUUAAUUUCUUUUUAGUGAAGUUCAAUGAUACGUUUAAUUUUUGGGCAAGUAAAGACUAGGAGGAUGUCAAAUCCUACCAUAGGCUUUUUGGGGGAACUCUAGAGUUUGUCUGGCUUAGCAGUUUUUCUUCAAUGUCAAAUUAGAAAAAAAAAUAGGUUUAGUGUUUGAAAAAUUUUUUCCCCACAAAGAUUUGUGUUUGUGAUAGAAGAUGGGUAUGUACGUUUACUAGAGUGACAAAUGACAGCAUUUGAUGUGAUCUAGAUUCUAAAAUUGACAGUAACAUUGCACCAAAUACAAAUGUAUAUUUAUCAUACAAUGCCUUAGUUCUGAACUGAGCUAAAGGAAUUCUCAGCCUACUGCACUGUUGUCUCUGAUAUGCUUCCAACCCAAAGGCCUUUCAUCUCAAAAAGAAAAAAAUAUCUGUCAAACUUGAAUGUUUCUCUUGUGUGUUACACGUAUGGCAGCCAGCUAACCCUGUGUCUUAGGUAUGUUGUAUAUAGUUCUUUUCAUAAUCAUAGGGUAUAUUUUUGAAUUUUAAAAAGCAUUUAUUUGUUGAAAUCAAAAUCAAGACAAGCAGUCAAGAAUACCUGUGUAUGAACUGAUAAGAAUGGCUGUUUCCACCAUGAAAAUCUUCUUAAUGCUGGUGUGACUAGAAUGGUGCCUAUGCCAACUGAAUAAUUACAAAGACAAUAAAAAUGUAGAUGCUAUGCAUUUCCAAAAUAAUUCUGCAUCUGUUAUAAUAGCAGAAGUUUUUUUAAUGCCACUUUAACACUAAUGCACUGACAAAUCCUAGAUAUUUUGUGAGGAGAUGCAUAAAGUACGUGUUACUUUUUUUUAAGUUUGUACAAUUGAGCUACUGUUCAGUAUUCUUUUGUUGUUGCACUGUUGAUGUUUUGCAUGUACAACUCCUUGCUGGAACUACUUUUAAAAGCAAGAAUGGAGAGUCUCGGUGUGCUCUGCUCUUCCCUACAAUUCAGAAGAAAGUGGCUUCUGCCUUAUAUUUUUACACUGUGUCAGAGUUCUGAUGCUGUUUCUUCUGAGCCCAGUUACGAUCUCCGCAGUGUUCCUGUUGCCUUUGCAGCCUGGAUGUUCAGCUGUCCAGGCCUGGAGAGUGCAGUGUGCACAGUAUUCACUCAGCUCUGUUGCUCUGUAAAAUUGAACUGUUGGUGUAUAUUUUUAUAUCUCUGUAUACAGUAGUGUAGGUGAUGGUACCCAUUCAUUGUGUUUGAGAUUGUACAUCCUUGGUGCAGAAACCAGAGUGAUAGUUACAGGAUAAAGAGUUUGUUUUCAGAUGCAUGCUAUGUAUAAAACUAAUUAAAAUAAAUGUUUUGUCUUUUCA